AUGCCAACUGCCAGCAGCAAACAGCAUGGGCGGCAAUACGACAUUGUCAUCUUUGGUGCGACGGGUUACACAGGACUGUUCACCGCGGAGCAGGUAGCUGCUGCUCUCCCCACCGACGUCAAUUGGGCCAUCGCAGGUCGUUCGCAGGAUAAGCUGCAGAAAAUCGCUUCUGACCUCAAGACUAAGCAUCCUGAUCGCCGCCAACCAGCAACUGAGGUGUGCAACCUAAACGAUCAAGACCUUGCGUCUCUCGCAAAAAAGACGUUUGUCCUCAUUGCUACCGUCGGGCCCUAUUCACUUCAUGGAGAGCAUGCAUUCAAGGCCUGCGCUCAGAAUGGCACGCAUUACCUUGAUGUCACGGGCGAGGUCCCUUGGACCUUGAGCAUGAUCAAAAAGUAUGAGGAGUCAGCAAAGGAGACUGGUGCCAUUAUGAUUCCCCAGAUUGGCUUCGAGUCGGCACCAGCGGAUAUGUUCAGCUUUGCGCUGGUCAAGACCAUUCGAGAAGAGCUACACGCCCCGACACGCGAUGUCCGGUUGUCAGUCGACCUGACCAGCCCCCUUCCAUCUGGCGGUACUCUGGCGACCUUUUUUACCAUGCUUGACCUGUUCCCACUCAAGGUCAUGGCCGAGGCCGCGAAACCUUUCGCCAUCUCUCCAGUGCCACAGCCCAGCCCGCCCAAGGAUCAAGUUUCCCUCUUCUCGAAGCUGACGGGCAUGCGGAGCUUUCCGCACCUCGGCCUGGUGACGACCUCCUACAUGGACAGCACUGACCGGCCCAUCGUCGAGCGGACGUGGGGCCUCCAGCAGACGGAACCCGCCCUGAGGGACUACUUUUACGGGCCCAACUUCUCCUUUGGCGAGUACAGCAGGGCACACGGUAGGCUGCACGGCUUCGCCAUGCACCUUGCCGUCGCCGUCGGGCUCCCGCUCUUGGCUUUGCUGUGGCCCCUUCGGUCUCUUGUCCGUCUCCUGAUACCCUACCAGCCCGGCCAAGGCCCGCCCCGAGACCAAGAUGCGAAGCAGAAAGUCAAGUUUUGCGGCACCGCGAGGCCGGACAUGCCGUCUGGAAGCUGCGACAAGAUGUCCUACGCAGAGGCUGAUUUCACCGGGAGCAUGUAUCACUUGACAGCCAUAUGCCUUGCCCGAGGGGCGCAAACCAUACUGGAGCAGUAUGAAAGUCUCCAGCUGAAAGGCGGUGUCUAUACGCCUGCCAGUCUCGGCCAGGGCUUCAUUGACCGCGCGGGGGAAGACGGCUUUGAGAUCAAGAGCAGAAUUGUUAAGAGCUAG